GCAAUUUAAACGCUCUAGCAUCUUUUCAACUCCCACCAUUUCUCCAUAAAUAUCAUACGAGUAGUGCAGAUCACUUUUUCCUGAGUCUCUCCCAUUCGGCCCCCUUCAAAACUUCAAUUACUGUGUCAAUUUCCCUAAUUCGUUUCAAGUGUUCAAUUACUGUGUCAAUUUCCCUAAUUCGUUUCAAGUUUACAACAAUGGCGGAGCUAAGCGACAUCAAGAACACAACAUCCAGCGACGAAUCAUCGAGUAUUCCGGAGGAUUUGUUGACGGAGAUCUUCGCCAGAAUGCCGGCAAAAGCCCUAAUUAAACUCAGGUCUGUGUGCAAAGCCUGGCGUUCUAUAAUUGAUUCCUCUCAUUUCAUUUCUUUGCAUCUUCAAACCUACGAGAAGAAUCUCAACGACAAUAAUUUGUUAGUAUGGAAUUGUACUAAACAAUCUAAAUACUCUACAAGAUAUAGUUCUUGCAGUAAAACAUUCAAAGAAACUGAAUUACUAUUCGAGAUUCCUGAGAAUUGCAAUCUACUAGGGAGUUUUUGUGGGUUGAUUUUGAUCAAAGAUUACUCAAGGGGUGAGAUUGAAUUGUAUAACCCUUUUAUUAAAAAAUCCGUGUUAAUCCCCUCUUGUCCUUUUGAAUCUGCACAUGUUCGAUAUUUGGCGGGAUUUGUUCCUUCAAGUAAUGAUUGUAAGGUGACUGCGUUUCUGGAAACGAAUACAUUGACGAAACCCGAGGUUUUGAUUGCCGUUUAUUCACUUAAAGAUAAUCUUUGGAGGAUAAAGGAUAAGUUGGAUAUCCACGUUCCAGGGUAUUUUAGUUGGCAUUUAGGAACUGGGCAUAUCUUUUUUAAGGGUGCUAUGUACUGGAUAGGAGAUUUUUACUUCUAUCAAGAUCAGGCUCUCACCAGUAAUCCUUGUCUUGUCUCUUGGGAUUUUAAUGGGGAGGAAUUCAAAUUUGUGGAUUUGCCCGAUGAUGCAAAACUAUGUCCUGUUGUGUUUAAUUUUCUCCUUUGUAAAUCAAUGGCCGUUUUCGCUAUGUCUUCUGAAUGUGCCUACUACAUAUGGGUUUUGGUGACGGAUGGUGCAGAGAAUUCAUGGCGGUUUUGGAAUUCUGGGUAUUCGGAUAUGGAUGUUUUUGGAAUUCUAAGAAAUAUUACUCUUACAAAGAUUUAUGAUGCUGAUAACAAUAUAUUUGUCGUACAGAGGAAUGGUGAACUUUAUUCUUAUGAUUAUGUAUAUAAUAAAAUACCACAAUUGAAAGAUUAUACUGAUGGUCCUGCAUUGUUUUAUUUGUUUGAGCCCUAUGUGGAGAGCUUGAUGUUGCACAAAGGAAAACAAGAGCAUACUUCCACAUUUAACUGAUGAAUAUAGAAGAUGGUUGGUCUGACUGUAGAUGUGAUGGUUUUCCAUGUUUCCAGGGGAUUUCUGAAGUGGAACAGAAGAGAAGACUUUACUUUGUCUGCAUAAGGAUGAUGGUUUAGUGAAUAACCAAUAAUACUUUUAGGAAAAAUCAAUACCUAACUCUACCAAUACUCUAGGCGUUUUCGGAAUGUAUUUGCUAAACAAUGUUUGUCUUCUUUAGUUUUAAUCUUUAAAGUUUUGGUAUGUUUAGUGUUGCAGCACAUCAAAACAUAUGUAGGAACGAAAAUUGUAUGAAAAAUUAUGUUUGUGUU